GUUCUGCUUUGAUAUUUGUUUUUUAGUUUUCCCACUCUGCGAGAAACCGUAAUUAAAAACCCCACAACCUCUCCAUCUUUCGUUGCAUUCACGUUUCUACACCCUCCCUUCUAUAUCGCCCAUUUAAUAGCCUUGAACCAGUUUCUCUAGUACAAAAACGUCGAUGGCCGUUGAUGCUCACCAUUUAAAUCCUAUGUAUUCUUCCAACAGAGAAAUGAUGCAUCCCGUUGAAGCCAACGAUUUAGUCUAUACCACCCAAAUGAGAUAUAACACUGUUCAAGCGACGACCAUGCCGUUUAACCCCACCAUGGAAUGUCAAACUCCUCUGUUGAAUCCAGUUUACAACCUCUCACCGAUUGAUUGUUUGGCUCAAAGGUCCAUGAAACCGAUGAUCCAUUCCGUUGAAAGUUCCUUGACGUUCAACAGCGAGAAUAAUUGUAACAACGUUGAUUUUCUAAGUCCUAUUUCGUCUUCGUCUUUGAGGAAACGUCCCAGAGAAGAAUCAGCCGCAGUUAACCAUAUACCGAGACAGAGACAUUGCACUGAUCCUCUCAUGUUUCUAGGCCAAGACUUGUCUUCUAACGUCCAACAUCACAACUUCGAUAUCGACCGCUUGGUCUCUCAUCACGUUGAGAUAAUGAGAAUGGAGAUUGAACAGAAGAGAAAAGCGCAAGGUAGGAAGAUAAUGGAAGUCAUUGAACAAGGGUUGAUGAAGACACUGAGAGCAAAAGACGAAGAGAUCAAUCACAUCGGAAAACUAAACCACUUUCUUGAAGAGAAAGUUAAGUCUCUCUGCGUAGAGAAUCAGAUAUGGCGUGACAUGGCACAGACUAAUGAAGCCACCGUGAACUCCCUACGUUCAAACUUACAACAAGUCCUCGCAGCCGUGGAACGUAACAAGUGGGAGGAGCCCACGGCGGCUGACGACGCGCAGUCUUGUUGUGGAAGCAACGACGAGGGUGAUAGUGACGAGCGGUGGAGGUUAGCAGGAGAGGCUAAAAGCGUGCGUACGACCGCAAGCACUAUGUGUAGAGGGUGUGGAAAAGGAGAAGCAAGUGUGUUACUGUUACCGUGUAGACACAUGUGUUUAUGCAGUGUGUGUGGAUCUUCGGUUAACACUUGUCCAGUCUGUAAAUCUCCAAAGAACGCUAGUCUCCAUGUUAAUCUUUCCUCGUGAAACUAACGUCACUAGUAAAUUGUAAAUGUCCUUGAAAUAGUAAAUAGUUGAAACAGUCUCCACCAUCAA